AAGGGAAUGGAUUCUUUGGACAAGGCCAUCGAUCGUAGCCUGGAGAUUACUCUUAGGUACUUUAUCCAACCCUGCAAGAACUUCUUCAAUGCCUAUUUAGUCGUCAACAAGGGCAGUACUGGUAGCGCGAAAAUCCCUUGAUGCUUCUGCCAUGUUGAAUGUCGAAGAAUAAGAAGAAUGUAUGUGGGGUGUGCAAUCGGUUCCUGGCACACUUUAUUUUUUCUCUGUUUGCUAUGCAGGCCCACAAACGAUUCCAUUAUGAGUCGCCACAGGGUGACAUCGACGUCGAGGUGCUCGAGUUGCUAGACCCUGUCUUUGGCCUGUAUGUUUGGCCUUCUGCCCUAGUCCUUGCGGAAUACGUUGCCUUUCACUUGAGCAUGUUUCUAGGCACGCCUGGGAGCCCAAAGGUCAUUCUUGAGCUGGGUGCGGGCACGGCCUUGCCCUCCCUCUUACUUGCGAAAGCAGCAUCAAAAGCAAUUGAUGGGGAAACAUUUGUCAUUAUAACCGAUAGGCCUGAUGUACCUCAGAUCCAGAACAACGUCUGUGAGGCAUUGAAGGAGAAUGGCAUCAGUACACUCUACCCAGAGGACCCAGAGGCGCGAGUCCAGGUCCGUGGGCUAGGCUGGGGUGAUUUCACACUGGCCAAUGAGCAGAAUAGAGACGGCGGGCUGUUGCAAUUGCUCCGAGACGUCGUCUGCAUCGACCAGAUCAGAACCCCCAGGCACAUUGACCUGAUCAUAGAUUUUGAGCCAUUGCUGGCAACGGUGUCGUACAUCAUCAAUCGGCACAACCCCGAUUGUGUGUUUAUGACGACGUAUCAGAACAGGAGUGCUAAACGGAACAUUGACCACCUGCUCCAAAAAUGGGGACUUGAGGGCCGAGUCAUUGACUGGGAGGACUUCAAUUUUGACAUCACCAAGUUUAUUACAGUCGAUGAGGAGAAAAGCGAUAGCGACAAUGAAGGGCGACUUCAACAUGAGGAACAGGACAAGAGUUUUAUUGAUACUCCAGGAAAGGAUGAGGAUGAUCGCUGGUUAAGGCGAGCCAGGGAGGAAGUUGAGCGCGCCAUGGGGACCUCACUAGGCUCGGAAAGGCCAUUGAGCGGGCCUAAAGCGGCAUUGGUAGACUACUCUUCAGGAUCAAGCUCUGAGGGCGAUACGAGUACUGUCGAUGACGAGCCAGAGGACAACGACCGCCAGGAGCAUAUCAAAGGCAAAUCGCACUAUAGGAUGGGCGAUGGUGGAGCAUUGAGCAGCGUAUAUCUGCUAUGGAUCUGCAAACGAGGGCGCGACGACCUGUUUGAUGCCUGGAAGAUGGGACCUAAAGAAGGUCGAUGGACAAGCAGAUAAGCAGUAGAAGCAUCGAUCGAGACGUUCACGUAGAAAACCAUAAAACGUGUCCAUUACAAAAACAGUCUUGACUUCUUGGCUGCUGCCGUUCCUGGACACAUAAAGAUUC